UCGAAAUUGCAGUGUCAAACGGCAUUCGGCUGCGACUUAUUCUAUUGGUUGUCUGACCUGUCAAUCAUACCUGUUGCUACUGGCUUUUGUUGUCAUCCGAAUAUCAAACACAACACUUCAAAUGGCUUCAGGUGGCAGAAAACUGACAGACAGCCAAAGGAAAAUGGCUAAUGUCAGAAAGGAACUGACAGAGGAGGAAAUCCAGGAGAUUAAAGAGGCUUUUGAUCUCUUUGACACAGACGGUACUGGUUCAAUCGAUGUCAAAGAGCUAAAGGUUGCCAUGCGGGCACUUGGGUUCGAACCAAAGAAAGAAGAAAUCAGGAAGCUGGUUGCAGACAAUGAUAAAGUCACCUCUGGAAAAAUUGGCUUCAGCGAGUUUCUCAUGAUGAUGACACCGAAAAUGAAAGAGAAGGACUCCAAAGAAGAAAUCCUGAAGGCUUUUCGGCUGUUUGACGACGACUGCACAGGCAAAAUCUCCUUCAAGAAUCUGAAGAGAGUUUCCAAGGAGCUGGGAGAAAACCUCACAGAUGAAGAGCUACAGGAGAUGAUCGAUGAGGCAGACCAAGAUGGAGAUGGUGAAAUUAAUGAAAAUGAAUUCUUGAGGAUAAUGAAGAAGACCAAUCUUUACUGAAAAUGUUCUCGGGACCUUUUUUCCCCACAAAUGAACUUUUGGAACUUUUUCCAGAUUUGUUUGGGUUGUAAAUAUAUUUUGACAUUUUGUGACUUUGCACAGGUAAUUUUUUCUGCAAUACAAGACAAAUAAAUAUUUGAUCGUAGUUGUUUGUGGUAAUGCACAGGUUUGCAUAAAAUAAACAUUUUGAGGGAUCUCCUGACGAUUUUUGAAUUCUCCUGCAUACUGAGGCCCACAAAGUGAAAGUCAGAUGACUAAGUGAAUGUUGAUUAACCAGAAUUAUGUUGCUGUGGACAGAAAGUGUGAGCAUGAGCUUCAGAUGAGUAACUCUGCAAAAGUCACUCUCACUUCAUGCUCUCGGUGACUAACCGAAUCAUCAUCAUCAUGAUCUGUGAAUGCAGCACGGCUCAUUUUAGAGGAAAGAUCCUCCGGCUGAUUGUCAAGCACAGCAGAAGUCUGGUUUCAGCCCAAACACUUUGUGAAAAUAAACAGGAUAUCGUCGUGACGUCUUUUUCCGAUCCGUCAAAGGCAAAUUAUUUUGAGGAUGCUUGCCACUGAUUGUGAAAGUUCUGAUAACCUAUCGCAGACGGAGAAGGAACAUCAGAUGGAAAAUAUGAAGCAUUCCGUCCUAAGAUCAAAUAACAGGUUUUUGAAAAGCAUACCCCAUUAAAAAAAAGCUUGACCGAAUGGAUAAAUAAAUAAAUAUAAAAUAAAAAAAACAGACCAUAUUCCAAACAAUUCGCCAAAAAUCACACAGGUUGAAAUGACAGUUUUAAAUAAUUUUAAAAUGAUAAAUAAUUAUUUUAAUCUUGUUGGCUCUAUCAGAUGAAGCAACAAAUGGUCUGUACAUGUUGUUACAUUUGAGAGGAGACCAUUAAUUUUCCAUUGUUCCUUGAUAAACU